UUCACUGCUGCCGCUCCAUCGGCGGCGGGGGUCAGUGUCUGUCUGUGCGGCGGGUGGCGAGAGCGCCAGCUUCGCUUUCCUUUGUCCAGUGCAUGGACGCUGGCCGCGCUUGGCCGCUAGCGCUCAGCCGCCACCGAGGGUCGCUACUCAACGUCGCGCGCGCAACACGUACAGACGCACCGCAGCCGGCGAGCGCGAUGGCUCCGGAUUCUGUCGAAGCGUUUAUAUCCAGCGUCAAGAAGCAUCCCAUACUUUACGACUGCAAACGUCUCGGCUACCGGGAUGUUGACAAAAAGAGGGAGAUUUGGGAAAUGGUCAAGCAAGAAACUGGCAUGGAAACCGUUGACGACUGCCAGCGCCUAUGGAAAUCACUCCGGGACCGGUACAUACGUGAACUCAGGGCGUUGGAACAUCCGAGCCAGCUACCGUGGGAAACACGCAAGAGCAAGUGGGCCUACUUCAAUUCGCUGGACUUCUACAAAGACUGCGGAAGAGCUGCAAGAGCCAAACAACCGCUGGGUAUUGCAGACACGGGGUCUUUAGACCGCUACUCCAAUGGAAGUGAGCCAGCUGUCAUGGAAGACAGUUUUACACCCGAAGGCCCUCCUCCUGCUCAUUCCCACUGCCCUAAAAUGGUACUGGCCUCUCCACAGACAGCUCCCGAGGACUAUGCCCCGCUAAGGCUGCACCAGAGUCCAGAGCCACCAGAAAAGAAACCCGUCCUUAACACCGAGUCGAUGGACUCUUUUGAAUCUGAGGUACUCGGUAUCCUUAACCGUCCACUAGACGAAGAUGAGUACUUUGCACUUUCCAUUGUGCCUACCCUGAGGCGCCUUUCCUUAAAGAAGAAGGCCCUCGCCAAAGUCAAGAUACUGCAAGACUUGGCACUGCUCUGAGUUCGGCGAAUGACCACUGCCGAGCGAUGCUCCAUGUCUUGUUCUUCGCUCAAGUGCCAUAUUUACCAAAGGAAACGUGGGACCAGCAUCGUCAUAAAGAAAUGAGCAUUCCGUGCCUUUUUAGCUGGACACAGCAGCUAUAGAAGUGAAGCAUCAGAAAUAAUAUCAGAGUCUGGUGGGCAUCGAAACCAAGAGCAGAGAAAUGCGGCACACCACUUCCUGAAGUGGCAAACACAAUUGUCGCAACAGUCACCGCUCUUGGUUCAUUUUCUGAUGCACUGUGUCACUCAAGAACUUUUUGAUCAUCUAGGCCACACCAAGUUGCUGGCUAUGACAUUCAGGGAUUUAUUUUAUUGUAGUCAUAGAACAGCCCGACGAAGACUAUGGAGAGUUUUGCCAGGUGCAAGACAUCAAGUUUUGUUGCCGCGUCCCAAAGACAGUGAUAUUUUCCAACAUGUGCCAAGGACACUCCACGAGUGCCAUUUUGUGGAAUCAAUUCCACACUGUUGCUGUUUAGGUGCCAAUGUCUGUUUGUAUGUGUCAUAAUGAAAAUGAGCUGUAUAUGCUGCCAUGCGAAUUCAGAUCUCUGGAACAUUAGAAAGAAGUUGCAAGUGCCUUUCAGUACUGUGCAAGUUCCAUCCUUUUUUUUUUCCCUUUUUAGCAAAGCAUUUGCAGUAAUAAAUGACCAUUUUUGACA